GAAGGGGAAGGAGAAGGGGAUGCAGAGGAGGGAGAAGAGGAGGAGGCCAAACCAAAAUUCAAGCCAUUUAUCAUGCCCAACCUCAUCCCUCCUAAGAUUCCCGAUGGAGAGAAGGUGGAUUUUGAUGAUAUACACCGAAAGAGGAUGGAGAAGGACCUGAUGGAGCUUCAGACGCUUAUCGAGGUUCACUUUGAGAGCAGAAAGAAGGAAGAAGAUGAGCUCAUUAAUCUCAAAGACAGGAUUGACAAACGUCGGUCUGAGCGAGCAGAGCAGCACAGAAUCCGCAGUGAGAGAGAGAAGGAGCGACAAAAGCGUCUUGAGGACGAGAGAACCCGUAAGGAGGAGGAGGAGGCCAAGAAGAGAGCUGAGGAUGACGCUAAGAAGAAGAAAACCCUCACAAGUCUCCACUUCGGAGGCUACAUGCAGAAGUUGACUGAAAAACGCAGUGGUAAGAGGCAGACUGAGAGAGAGAAGAAGAAGAAGAUCCUCAACGAGAGACGCAAAUCUCUGGAUAUUGACAACUUGAGCCAGGACAAACUCAAGGAGAAAGCCUCAGAGCUGUGGGAGUGGAUGUACCAGCUGGAGGCAGAAAAGUUUGAACUGCAGUAUCAGUUCGGCAGACAGAAAUAUGAGAUUAAUGUGCUGAGGAACCGUGUCAGCGAUCAUCAGAAAUCAUCCAAGAGGACCAAGAGGGGUCUGAGGAAGUAGAUGCUGCCAUGCUGAGGGAGAAGUGUAUCCAUCAUCCUGACUCUGCUGCUCCCACCUAUUACCAAGUAUUAACUUUCCUGCCACACCCCAAAUCCCACUGACUCAAACCGUAGUGUCCCGCUCCGUCAGUCCUCUGAGUUUCCUCUGUGUUAAAGGGUGUAAAUAAAACAAUCUGUGUUCA